UUGCCAAUUUCCAAAAACAUCGAAGAAGAAUUGUGCAUGGCCUAAGCUAGAAAACUGCUGCAUUGUCCCAUUCCUGCUAAUAUUUCAGCAACCAUGUCUUCAGCUCAGCAUCUCAGAGAGUUUAUCAGAGAGAGACUAACUGCUGCUGCUCAAGAAAUCUUCACCGAGGUUGAAAAAACCAUCAUUUGCUACGAGGAAGAGCUCGAUGCUCAGCGCAGGAUGAUGGGGAUCAACUGGAAACCAGAAAUUAAGCUACACAGAGUCGGUUCGGAGCUGCAGAGACAAAGUUCUGACCUCCAACAGCCAAGUGUCUCCAAUGAGGAAGAAGCUUCUGCCAUCCAACAAGUCUGUAGCCUGGCAAGUAGGUCCAGUCAGGAUCAGAAAGAAGCAGAACAUCAGUGGACUGAAGAGGUACAGAUGGAACCAGAACCAAAAUGGAUUAAAGAAGAAGAGGAGGAACCAGAACCUGCACUGCUCAAACAUGAGGAAUUGGAUUAUCCACUAACAAAUGUAAAAAAAGAGGAGUUGGAUUGUUCAGUGCUUCAACAUGAACAGCAGCCACCAGAACAUUUACCAACUGGACAGGACCAGAAGAACCUCUGCAGCAGUCAGGAGGGAGAGCAGCUUGUCCAGAAGCAGUUUGCUGCUUUGAUUGAGACUUCUACUCUUCAGGAAGAUGAUAUGAAUGAAGAAGAGAGAAGAACUGAGCAGCUUUCCCUUCAUAUCUCUCCAGUGGUUGAGAGCAAAGAUCAGGAAGGAAGCAGCUCCUCUGAGUCAGAGAGUCAGUCUGGUACCAGUACAAAGAAAAGAUCUUUCAAAUGUGACAUUUGUGGGAGAUGUUUCCCACAACAGAGUAAUUUUUUAAACCAUUACAGAACUCACACUGGUGAGAGACCUUUUUCAUGCCACUCAUGUGGAAAAGGUUUUUCUCAUAUUAGUAAUUUUUAUCGUCACAAGAAAAUUCAUACAGGUGAGAGGCCUUUUUCAUGUGAAACAUGUGGAAAAAGUUUCUCUAAUAUGAGAAAUGUAAUUCGUCACAAGAAAAUUCAUACAGGUGAGAGGCCUUUUUCAUGUGAAACAUGUGGAAAAAGUUUCACUAAUAUGACAAAUGUAAUUCGUCACAAGAAAAUUCAUACAGGUGAGAGGCCUUUUUCAUGCCAGUCUUGUGGAAAAAGUUUCUCUCGAAUUAGUCAUUUAAGUGACCACAAGAAAUUUCAUACCGGCGAGAGACCUUUUUCAUGCCAGUCAUGUGGAAAGAGUUUCACUCAACGUAGUGAUUUAAAUCGUCACAAGAAAAUUCAUACUGGGGAGAGACCUUUUUCAUGCCAGUCUUGUGGAAAACGUUUCAUUCGAAGUGGUCAUUUAAAUCGUCACAAGAAAAUUCAUACUGGGGAGAGGCCUUUUCAUGCCAGUCAUGCAGAAAGAAUUUCACUCGUCUUAGAAACUUAAAUCAUCACAAGAUAAGUCAUACAGGUGAGAAGGGUUCUCAUGAUAAACAAUAAAUCAAUCAGCAGUAAAUAAAUAUAUGCUUAAUAAUAAAAUGAUGGCUAUAAUAUUACUUCUUUGUUUUUAUUGUCUCUCCUUCUACAAAGAAACUGGAUGAGAAAAAGUUUCACUCCCGUGCCUCCUGCUAUUUCCUCCCUCUCAUUUUAUUGGUAGCGGCUAAACACACAGGGAGCUAAAAGCGUCAAUUUUCUUCCACUCUGGCUGAACUGAACACCUGGCACACGAUAGCGAUAACAAAAAAAGAUGAAAGGUUUCCAACUUUCUUGCAUAGCGUCUAUAGGUGUAUGAGCUAGAAAUGUCACAUGCAUGAAUUGUGUCUUUUGUUCGGCUGGAUGAGAGCUAGCGACUGUCGUCUCACUACGCAAUCUCCAUAAGAGGGAGAAGCGCCGUCUCCUGUCAUCGUGUGACCAUUACUUCAGUUACCUGCUGGGCUCCUUGUCUCCUACCACACAGUGUAGCAUAAAGCCUGGUGAGGAGGAGCAAGAGGUCUGGGAGCCUCUUGGAUUCAAACUACAGUCUAUCCAUGUUUCUUAUAGACAAAGUUACUUAUAAAGAGAAACCCUUUCAUUUGUCCUUUUCUUUUUUUCUCUUCUUUGAAAACCUGGAUGUUAUUUUCUUGGCUGCAUUGUUCCAGUCAGUCGUUGUAGUCUUUGGCUGCUGCUGAACACUGUUGCCUACAAGUUCACUAAGCAGGAGCAAACCAUUUAAUACAGAUCCACAGGGCUGUUGAGUAAAUAUGGAUCUUUGCUUUUUGAUCUGGGAAUGGUAACUUUUAAUUUGUACUGCUA